GCAACCAUGAUUUGUCACGUGACUGGGGUACCGGCCCCAGCUAUUUACUGGAGCAAGCAAUUCGGACAGCUGUCUGACCCAGAUAGAUUCACGGUGACCCAUGAAGGGACCUUGACCCUGACGAACCCGACGAUAAGAGACGAGGGCGUCUACGAGUGUAAAGCCGAAAACGAACUAGGUCAAGCUAUUGCCAUGACGACCCUGAAAAAUCUAGGUCAAGAACCAUCCGGCAUUUCUGCGCAUGAUGGUAAGCGCCCGGACGGAUGCACACUAAUACCUUGGAGAGCCGGCAGAUGUUUGGCGUGGGAUGUUACGGUCCCUUGCACCCUCGCCAAACGAUACGUAAACCUGACAAGUAAAGAAUGCGGUUUGGCCGCGGCCAGGGCAGCGGACGAGAAAAUGAAAAAGUAUGGGAACGCCCUCCCCUCGAUGGAAUUCUUGCCAAUAUGUAUCGAGGUUCUCGGCCCGAUGGACCCCAACACCCUUAAAUUUCUUAAGGCA